AUGCAAGAACUCCUAAAAGUUUCAAAUUCAAGGAUGGCAUUACCUAUUGGAGAACAAUCUAUUGAGCUUCUGCAAGCCCAAGCUCACGUUUUGAACAGCAUAUUCAACUACGUGAACUCCAUGUCUCUCAAAUGUGCAACUCAACUAGGCAUACCAGAUAUCAUCCACAGACAUGGCAAACCAAUGACACUUCAAGAGCUAGUCGAUGCCCUCCAGAUCAACAGUGCAAAAGCACAAGCUGUGUACCGUCUGAUGCGGAUUCUAACUCAUUCAGGGUUCUUCGUUGAGGAAAAAAUCUCUGGGGAUGAUACAAAUAUGGGAUAUUGUCUUACACAAGCUUCUCGUCUCCUCCUUAAGGAUGACGCCUUGAGUUCACUACCAGUUUUACAAAUCCUUCUCGAUCCGAUCUUCAUAAAGGCAUGGCAUCAUAUGAGUGAAUGGUUUGAAAAUAAUGAGGACUCGUCUGCUUUUGAGACGGCCUAUGGUAGGACAUUUUGGGACUAUGGCAGUCAGGAGCCGAGGAUGAAUCACCUGUUCAAUAAAGCAAUGGCUAGUGAGACUCAGGUGGUGACUAACGUAGUUACUAGAGAUUGCAAACAAGUCUUCGAAAAGUUGAAGUUAAUUGUGGACGUUGGUGGUGGCACGGGAUCGAUGGCCAAAGCUAUUGCUGACUCUUUUCCGGACUUGCAAUGUGUCGUGUUUGAUCUUCCACAUGUUAUUGCGGGCUUAGAAGGGACAAAGAAUUUGACCUACAUUGGAGGAAACAUGUUUGAAUCUAUUCCUCAUGCAGAUGCACUUAUACUCAAGUGGAUUUUGCAUAACUGGUGCGACGAAGAUUGCGUGAAAAUAUUGAAGAAAUGCAAAGAAGCAAUCCCAAGUAAGGAGAAUGGAGGAAAAUUGAUAAUUAUUGACAUGAUCGUAGGAAACAAGAAGGAAGACCACGAAGGAAUUGAAACUCAGCUGUUCUAUGAUAUGUGCAUGAUGGUUUUUACUAAUGGAAGAGAAAGAACGGAGAAAGAGUGGGCAAAACUGUUCUUCGAUGCUGGCUUUGCUGGAUACAAGAUUGUAUAUGAGUUAGGAUUGAAGGCUAUUAUUGAGGUUUAUCCUUGA